AUGACCUCAGGGUCAGAUUCGCUCUCUCGCUCUAAUUCUGAAUCGGCGGCUUCAUCCGCGCCGGAAGAGCACCUAAUCUCGGUUGACUAUUACAAUUGGGGGCUUCGCAUUUUCGCAGCCCGGCCUAAGAUACCUUUGGAAAUCUUUGACCCCUCGGUGGAUCGCUCAAUUCGGGAUGCCCGCGAGAAAGAAUAUGCAGCUGAGGCAGAGGCCGCGAUGAAGGAGGUGCUCGCAGAAUACAAGAUAUGGCUAGAAGAACAUGAUCAUGAACUAUGGGAAUGGUACAUGAGUUGUCGAGGAGAUGAAGAACCAGACUUGACUUUUGAAGAACUGUGA